AUAAUUUGGGCUAUUUUGGAAAUUGUGUUUUAAUUAAAUUUAAAGAUUAUUAAUAUUUGGAAUAGUUCAAAGGGAAAUGUGAUUGUGUAAAAAUGUCCCUGUUACGUUUAAUUUGUGCAAGAUCUUUGAAUACAUUGGAUAAAUAUGUUCUUCGAGAUACAUUCGUGCGGCUCAAUUCGCAAAACUCCAUCAAUUUGUCUGACCCGUCUGUACAAACAUAUUUAAAAUAUUUAAUGGUAGAACAUGAAAACCUGCUCGUUAAAUCCCGUAGAACUAUCGAAGAAGUCAAACGUUUUCAAGAAAUAAGACCGAUUGUUACAGUGCUAGAACAACGAAUCGCAUUGUAUGACAGUAUAGAUUCUCUAAAAGAUCUAAAUAAACGGGAUGGGCAGGACGAUGAAAUGAAGAAAAUGAUAAAAGAAGAAGCUGAGAUUUAUCUAAAACGAAUGAAAGAAAUCGAUGGUGAAUUGCAAUCAAUAUUAUUAGAACCCCACUUGUCGGAUGGGGGUAUUCUACUGGAAGUUUCAGCUGGCGCGGGUGGCCAGGAGGCCAUGUUAUUUGCUCGGGAACUGUUUGGACUAUAUCAAUCGUAUUCAGAAUAUAAAGGAUGGGAAGUAGACAUUGCAUCCAUAGAAAAGUCUGAUAUAGGUGGGAUUCGGAAAGCUUCAAUGCUAAUUUCUGGUUACGGUGCACCCGAGUUAAUGAGUAUUGAAGCUGGCGUCCAUCGUGUUCAAAGAAUUCCCGUCACAGAAAAAGGUGGUCGUAUACACACUAGCACAGUUUCAGUUGCUGUUCUGCCUCAGCCUACUGAAGUAGAAGUAGAAAUUGCAGACAAAGACCUUGUGAUAGAGACCAAAAGAGCGAGUGGAGCUGGCGGACAGCAUGUGAACACUACGGACAGUGCAGUUCGCAUUGUACACACACCUACUGGCACCGUUGUAGAGUGCCAAGAGGGAAGGUCACAGAUUAAAAAUAAAGAAAUCGCUAUGCAGAAGCUGAGAACACUCUUGCUUCAAAAACAAGAAGAGGAACAAACAUCUAAAAUCAGGAAUCAGAGAAAAACUCAGGUUGGUUCUAGUAAUAGGAAUGAAAAAAUUCGUACCUACAACUAUCCACAGGAUAGAGUAACAGAACAUAGGAAGAGUGGAGGUACUGUCCACAGUUUGAAAACAUUUAUGGCGGGCGGAUCACAGUUGGAAGAACUACAGCAAUCACUACUCAGACAGCAGAAAUAUGAAAUGAUAAUGGCAGAGAUUAACGACUACGUAAAUAGACAUAAAAGUGAAAAAGUAAGUGAAUGAUUAAGUUAUAAAUAGUGUAUUUAAACUAUUUUUAUUUGUUGUAUUUUAGUGUUGUUACUAAAUAAAGUUAGAUAAAUA